AUGCCUAUUGCCGCAACCCCUCUCCCCGAAACGCCGGGCGAGUCCUCGACUUCGGCAGCCAAAAAGGCGCUGGCCUCGGCAGCCAACGGCACGCCCAACUACGAGCUGCCAUGGGUCGAGAAAUACCGGCCGGUUUUCCUCGACGACAUCGUCGGCAACACCGAGACCAUUGAACGCCUCAAGAUCAUCGCCAAGGACGGCAACAUGCCUCACAUUAUCAUUUCGGGCAUGCCCGGCAUCGGCAAGACGACCAGUGUGCUGUGCCUCGCGCGCCAGCUGCUGGGCGACGCGUACAAGGAGGCGGUGCUGGAGCUCAACGCCAGCGACGAGCGCGGCAUCGACGUCGUGCGCAACCGCAUCAAGGGCUUCGCGCAGAAGAAGGUCACGCUGCCGGCCGGGCGGCACAAGCUCGUGAUCCUGGACGAGGCCGACAGCAUGACGUCGGGUGCGCAGCAGGCGCUGCGCCGGACGAUGGAGAUCUACUCGAACACGACGCGGUUUGCCUUUGCGUGCAACCAGUCCAACAAGAUCAUUGAGCCGCUGCAGUCGCGGUGCGCGAUCCUGCGGUACGCGCGGCUGACGGACGCGCAGGUCGUCAAACGGCUCCUGCAAAUCAUCGAGGCCGAGAACGUGCGGUACAGCGACGACGGCCUGGCGGCGCUCGUGUUCAGCGCCGAGGGCGACAUGCGGCAGGCCAUCAACAACCUGCAGUCGACGCACACGGGCUUUGGCUUUGUCAGCGGCGACAACGUGUUCCGCGUGGUCGACGCGCCGCACCCGAUCAAGGUGCAGGCGAUGCUCAAGGCGUGCCACGAGGGCAACGUGGACGCCGCGCUGGACACGCUGCGGGAGCUGUGGGACCUGGGCUACUCGAGCCACGACAUCAUCAGCACCAUGUUCAAGGUGACCAAGACGAUGCCCGGGCUCAGCGAGCACGCCAAGCUCGAGUUCAUCCGGGAGAUUGGGUUUACCCACAUGAAGAUCCUGGAGGGCGUGCAGACGCUGCUGCAGCUGAGCGGGUGCCUGGCGCGGCUGUGCAAGCUCAACAUGGACCCGAAGCUGUUCCCGCCGAAGCCGUAG